CCCUUCCAGUAGUAAAGAUGGCGCAGGCACUGUCAGAAGAGGAGUUCCAUCGAAUGCAGGCUCAGCUCCUGGAGCUGAGGACACAGAACUACCAGCUCUCCGAUGACCUGCGCAAGAACACAGCUGAGCUCAAUGCCCUGCGCCAGAAGACCUCCACCCUCGAGAAGGAUCUCCUCAAAGCUCAGAAGGCUCUUGGCAAGAGUAAGAAAGCUCAGGAAGUGGACGCCCUCCUCAGUGAGAAUGAGAUGCUCCAAGGCAAACUGCACAGCCAGGAGGACGACUUCAGGCUGCAGAACAGCACCCUCAUGCAGGAGCUCUCCAAGCUGUGCUCCCAGAUCGAACAGCUGGAACAGGAGAACCAGCAGCUGAGGGAGGGGCAAGGGGUGGAGCCAGCAGCCCCAGGCUCCGCCUGUAGCCCCGUGGAUGGAGAGUUACUCCGCCUCCAGGCUGAGAACUCCGCCUUGCAGAAGAAGAUGGCAGCCCUGCUGCAGCACCGUGAGCGGGAGGAGCAGAGCCAGGCGGGGGCCGAGGUCAAUGGGCUCAGGCCCGCAGCGCCGGGCUGUGUGGAGCAGGACCCGGGCCAGGCGGAUGCGGGCGGGGGGGGAGCCGGCACGCCAGAGAGGGCGCCGAACGAGCGGAUCGAGCAGGCCGAGGCAAAAUGUGCCAAACUUGAACAGCGAGUGAAGGAGUUAGGAGAGGUGGAACUCCAGCUGCACACGGAGCAGGAGGAGAAGAGGCUGCUGAAGGCGCAGCUCCAGACUCUUGAGUCAUCCAAACAGGCAGACCUGACCAAACUGCAGGAAGACCUUACUAAGCUUUCUGACAAACUGAAGAAAAAGCAGGAAAGCUUCAUGCGCCUGCAGGCUGAAAAGGAGGCUCUCUACAAUGACAGCAGGAUUAAAAUCAGUGAGAUUCAGCAGAAGAAAGAGGAGGAGUUGAAGUCCAUGAACAUUCGGAACCAGAAGCUACAGGGAGACCUGCAGGUGGCCAAUCAGAGCAUCAGUGAGCUGAAGGAGCAGCUGCAGAGCCAGCAGAAGGAGCAUGAAGCAGCCCUCCUUGCACUCAGAGACCAGGUAGCGUGUCAGAGCGCAGUCAGUCAGGAGCAGGUGGAGAGUAUCCUGACUGAGAAUGAUGCUCUCAGGACUAAUCUAGCUGCCCUAGAACAGAUCCAGACCGCCAAGACCCAGGAGAUGAAUGUGCUGAGGGACCAGAACGUGGCCUUGACCGUGGAGCUGCAGCAGAGGCAGGCUGAGCAGGAGAGCUUCCUGGCCCAGAGGGAUGACCUCAACUCGCAGCUGCAGGAGGCGAGUCGGGCCAGCGGCCGCCUGCUGGAGCAGCUGACCCAGCUGGGCCAGGACAAGGAGAGGCUGCAGCAGGAGCUCGAGGAGGCCCGCAAGACCGCGGACAAGCGCAAGGCCAUGCUGGACGAGAUGGCGAUCGAGACGGCGCAGGAGAAGUCGCGGCACAAGGAGGACCUGGGCAACGCGCGGCUGCAGCACGAGAAGGAGGUGCUGGGCAUCCGCGCCAAGUACGAGCGCGAGCUGCGGGAGCUGCACGAGGACAAGCACCGCGCCGAGGAGGAGAUCCGCAGCCAGCUCCGCGACGAGAGGGCCCGGACCCGGGAGCUGGAGGACUGGCAGCAGACCGCGGAGGAGCUGCGGGCUCAGGUCCAGGCCAUGGAGGGCACCAAGGGCUGGUUUGAGCGCCGGCUGAAGGAGGCGGAGGAGACCAUUGAGAAGAACUCACUGGAGCACCAGGAGCAGAUUCAGAAGCUCAAGUCAGAGGAGGCCGCACAUCUGCAGGAGAAGGACGCAGAGAUCCAGGGCGUGAAGCUGCAGCUGCUGGAGGUGGAGAAGGAGAGAGAUGAGCACGUCUCCUCCAUCACCAAGCUGAAGCAGGAAAUCAAGGACACAGUGGAUGGCCAGCGGAUCCUGGAGAAGAAGGGGAGCUCAGCGCUGAAGGACCUGAAGAGGCAGCUGCACCUGGAGAGGAAGAGAGCAGACAAGCUGCAGGAGAGGCUGCAGGAGAUCCUGACCAACACCAAGACCAGGACAGGCCUGGAGGAGUUGGUGCUGUCGGAGAUCAGCUCGCCUAGCCGGACCCAGACAGGGGACAGCAGCAGCGUGUCCUCCUUCAGUUACCGCGAGAUCAUGAAGGAGGGAUCAGCCUCCCAGAGCGCCAACAAGUCCAACACCAGCAGCCCCCAGGCGCAGCGGCCCGCCGAGCUCUCCGACGACGAGAUCAGCGAGCUGUUCCUGCGGCUGGCAGAGGUGCAGCAGGAGAAGUGGAUGCUGGAGGAGAAGGUGAAACAUCUGGAGGUCAGCUGCUCAUCCAUGGCCGAUGACAUCUGCAGGAAGAGUGCCAUCAUUGAGACCUAUGUCAUGGACAGCAGGAGAGACGUGUCCGGAGCCACUGCCGGGGGUCACGGCGGCCAGCAGGAGAGGGGGGGGCUGGGCUCCGUGCUGCGGGACCUGGUGAAGCCCGGCGAUGAGAACCUGCGGGAGAUGAACAAGAAACUGCAGAACAUGCUGGAGGAGCAGCUGACCAAGAACAUGCACCUGCAGAAGGACCUCGAAGUUCUGUCUCAGGAGAUUGUGCGUCUCAGCAAAGAGGCCUCCCCGGUUUUGGGACAGGACCCAAAAACGAUCGACUAGGAGCAGCCAGGCCUCCCCCGUCGCAGCUCUGUCCUGCCCAGCUCCAGUGGUCACCCAGAGGCGCAGACUGGGGAGCUGUGUUCCAAGACUGGACCUGAAAAUGCUUGUUGUCAAGCAGGGAGCAGGAAGUGGGUGGGGCAGGAGGGGCAUUUGCUACUGAAUGUAUUUACUGUAAAAAAAAAAAUGCUUUUCUCUCCCAUCAGUCAGAAAAAAAGUGAAACUGGACUCCUAGGCAUGCCAUCUUACAGGCAUUUGCUAACGGCUUCCUUCGGGCUGGCAUGCUGGGAAUAAUGAAGAUGGAGGGAGGGGCUAGGAAGCUCUCUGGGGACGGGGGUGACGAUGCACUGCUGUUCUCGACCUCUAAAGGGCAGGGGGGUGUAGACCAGUGGGAGGCGUGAGACAGUUGUUCCUUUGCAAGUGUGCUUGGGAGGGGGCUGCUGCUUUCAUUUUUGGUGCAGUCGUAGUCAAAGCUUCAGGCACGGUUAUAUUCCGCAGCGUGUUUUCAGGUCGACUCCAUGUACUCCAAAAAAUGGCUUGACAGUGAUUUUAAAAAAGGGAAAAGCUUUGCCCAUGCGCAUACCAGAUACACUGAUACCACGUGCUCUUAACUGUCUCAUUUCAGCUGCGAUGUGCUUCUAGUCCUUGUAGCUGAUGCAAGUAGCUCCAUCCCCUGAACUUGCAGAGAGCCAGAGAGCAUUAGCAAGGGUACAGAGAAGCAUCAGGUUCUCAUUCUAACAAACCUAAAGUGACCCUCUGCCUCUGCUGGCGUGACGAAAGCACUCUGUGCGCCACAGCCCUGUUUGUGCAAAAUGUCUCCCACAGUGCUCUUCUCCCCUUGCUGAUUCCACCCUCGUCUCUGAUGAAACUCCGAUUACACAGCAAACAAGAAAAAAAAACUGGAGGAAAAUUUUAAAAGCUGCUUAACAGCGAUGGUUCUGAAGUUCAAAAUCAAGUUGCACAGCUUUCUCAGGAGUUCGGAGUAUGAGAGAUUAUCAGCCUUUUCCUAUUACCUUUUUCGAUAACUGAGCUUGUUAAUAUUAGAGCUCAGCAGCAAAUAGGCUUAUUUUAUAAAUAUAUAUAUAAUGUGUAUAUUUGCUCCCUUUGAUAGUAAGGAAUCUGUUAGCUUUACGUGUAUGUCCGUUUCAAAGGAAAUAACUGAAGUAUUCAUAAUGAAGGCACAGCAGUCACUAACACCUGGUACACUGUACUGUAAUUCAGUGCUUGGUCUAUGUGGUCCUGUUAUUUCAGGUUAUUAUUUAACUUCUUGUGUUUUAUGAUUUAUAGAAAUGGCACUUAAAAAAUGUCAUUCCAAAGCAUGGAGGACGGACGUUCCUGAGUUUUCAUUGUCAACAGCAGAGGACUCCAGUGCUCCUCUCUCACAGACUGAUGUGUUUCCUCCACGUCCCUCUGAACGUUUUGUGCAAAGUGUUCACCAUGUGGUCUCAUUGUCGGCUGUAUCCUGCAAUGUCCUACUGCUUGUACCAGCCUUUAUCACCAAGAGAAAACAAAGUGUUCUCCAUCUCAGGCUCUGAGUUCCAGCCGCUCCUGCUGCGUUUGGAAGAGAGCAAUCUCUUGUCUGUAACUGCCAUUCAGCAGCUGGUGAACGUACCACCAUUGCUCAGGCGCGGAGAGUCUUUGAAUGGGUGAAGGCCAGGAGUCUGAUGAAGUUCUGCGUGAUGAUCCCGGAAGGGCCAGGGCUGGACCUACUGACCACACAGGUCUCCGGCCCUGCUCCUGCAGAGGCCUAAUCCAGACAGCUUGACAGGUCCCCAUGAUCCGUUUCUAAAGACGGGGAAGCAUGGCAUAAGUGAGCGGUGUCUCAAUCACUAUGGCUUGAGACAACACUUACUAAAUACAUCUGAAUACCUUUAACCGGUUAGUGUUCUGUCAAAAGUGAAGUGAGACAGUCUGCUUUUCCCUUCCUUUUUCUAAGCAACAGUUUUGCACUGUCAGUGAAGAUGAGGGGGUGGACAGGUCAGUGUGUCUGCAGCAGGGCUGGUCCAGUCUUGGUCCCGGAGGGGGUGGAGAGGUCAGUGUUGCUGCAGCAGGGCUGGUCCAGUCUUGGUCCCGGAGUGGCUGGUCAGUGUGUCUGCAGCAGGGCUGUCCAGCCCUCAUCCUGAAGGGGCUGGGCAGUGUGCCUGCAGCAGGACUGUCCCCUCCUGCAGAUUUUCUGCAUCUCUUGCUGGGAGAAGCUGUUAAACUGGUCCAAUAAAACCAAUAAUGAUCGUUAGAAUGAGAAUCUGCAGACACAUCAGCAUCCAGGAACAGGAUUGGGCACCCCUGGUGUGGAGUGUUAGUUGAACCUGUUGCACAGGUCAUGGCCAUGUGUGUUCGAAUAGGCAUUUACAGUUUAAUAUCCCCCAACAAGGGGCUGGUAGUCAUGCUGGUUAUCUCCAGGGGCUUGUCAGCAGGUUCGCCCUGUGGGAAUGAGAGAAGAGUGGGGAAUUUCAAAGGAAGGGCAGGAUGUCUAAUCUCAGUGUUUUUACAGGAUUUUUAACGGAUUAUUUUCUUCUGGUGAACGGUACCUUUCCUACCAAAAACGCAUUAAAGCGCCAGUCGCAGAUGUCUGAGAAGGCUCCGGACUUCUCCACCCUCCUCUCCUGCAGACUUGCGUACCCCAUUGUCACACCGCACAGCACCCCAACUCACCUUGCCAAAGGGACCGGGGCUCCUUGACCCUUCUGAGCCAACAAAGACGUGUGAAGAGAGGAGAUCGUCCGUGCAGAAUAAAAUCCAUGAUAUGUAACAGUC